AUGGAUGCCGAUUAUUUCACUGAGGCUGGCCGCAUGCGUUCUCCUCAUCUGCCAAUAGCUGAAAGCGUUUCACGUGGGAUUACACUCGGAUUGGUGGAAUGUGGACAUCAGUUUCGCUGGGAUCCUUGGAGCUGCGCUGAAAGUGAUGUCUCCGACAUCCAGUACAAUCAGAAGUCGCCAUGGCAGUGGCUGUGGAGUGGGUGUGAUGAUGGGGUGAGGUUCGGAGACAGCCUGUCACGGAAGUAUAUCGAUGGUGCCAUUAACAGAGGGACUAUCCGCGCCAUUGUUAAUCUGCACAACAACGGUGUGGGAAGAAAGUCUAUUUGGAGAAUGCUCCAAGUCAGCUGCAAGUGCCAUGGCGUUUCCGGAAGUUGUUCUAUACGGACAUGCUGGCGAAAGCUUUCCGACUUCCGGUCUUCGGGAAACUUUCUGAAAAAGAGAUAUAACAAAUCUGUCAGAGUAAUAACUGGAAACAAGGAAAACAAGCCAGUCGGCGAACUGCGGAUGUUCAUCAUGGCGAGAGUGUCUUCCAAAGACCUUGCAUACGUCGACAAAUCGCCAAGCUAUUGCACGGCAAGCACUGCCAUGGGGACAAGGGGCACGGAAGGUAGGCAUUGCUCAAGACCAAGACGCGGACUGAGGGUAGCAAAGUCGGAGAAGGUAAGCUGCAGACGACUGUGCAGUCAGUGUGGAUUCGUGGUUCGAAAAUACACCGUGGAGACCAGCUCUAGCUGUAACUGUAAAUUCUACUGGUGCUGCUCGGUCAGGUGCAAACAAUGCAACACCAUUGUCCAGAAAUAUUACUGCCAUCGACCACAGUGA